GAUACGUUCGCCACGUUAUCCAGGAGCACCAGAAACGGUGGGUUGCCUACAAUCACCCAUAAAAGUUGUCACUAAGCAUUAACCAAACAAUCUACUAUUUACAAAGAAGAGCGUUGACCGCUAGCUAUUGAUAACCUAACCACAAAACAUUUUAAAAAUUCAAAACAAACAAGCAUGUCUUUUACAAAUUUCGAAAUAAUUGCUGGAACUUACGAGGAAUACUUAGUCGGAUAUAUUUUUUCAUCACAAGACAAUUCCUUGGUUCAAAGUUUCGCCUCUCAUGACCACAGCAGCAGCAUAAGAUGCUUGGCAACAAGCGACUUUUAUUUGGCUUCUGGUGCCGCAGAUGAUCGUAUAAUUAUUUACGAUCUUAGAGCAAGAAAAGAGCAUUGUAUGCUUACCCACCAUAACAGUACAGUAACUUCUUUAGCAUUUACCGAUAAUCAUUCUCAUGUCAUAUCGGCAAGUCAGGAUGGAGCAAUGGGUAUUGUCAGAGUGGGCAACUGGCAAGUGGAGAAGCUCUGGGAUCAAGCUCAUAAAGAAGGAGGAGAGGUUUUAGAUAUUGCUGUGCAUUCUAGUGGAAAAUUAGCAUUGACAUUAAGUAAAGAUGCUAAAAUACACACUUGGAAUCUUGUCAAGGGGAGAGAGGCUUAUGUUAUUAAUUUAAAAACUAAAUGCAAGGAUCCCAAAAAUGUGGAAAGGAUAAUUUUUGCACCAGGUGAUGUUAGAUUUGUUAUUUAUGGGGGAAAGUUUACUGAAGUAUGGAGCAUUGCCAUUGGAGGGGCUGUUUCAGUUAUUGAACAUGAUGAGAGGGUAACAGCAUGUGCUUGGUUGGAUGAUAAAACUUUAUUUGCGGGUUAUGAAAGUGGAAAAAUUUCUGUAGUUGAUGUGGAAAGUGGAAAGAAGACUGUUAAGGAUGGGCAUAAUGGUAGAAUUAAAGCAGCUCAAUACUUUGAAGGAUACAUAGCAACAGGUUCCAGCACAGGAGAAAUAAAAAUUUGGACCAGAAAACUGAAGGAAAUAUGCAAGGUAUCUACGGGAUGCAGAAUAACAUGCAUGAUUAUAGCAAAAUGGUGUGGCAAGGUGAAAAAAGAAGAAUCAGAAGAAGAGAAUGUGCCUGAACAAGUGCCUAGGAGUAAACCUGUAAGGAGCAGAGUGGUUGUGGAAGUGGAGGAUAGCUCAGAGGGAGAGAGGGAAGAGGUACACAAAAAUAUUAGUAAAAAGAGAAAGAAGAAGUCGCAAGCUAUAGAAGAACCAAAAAAGAAAAAAGGGCAAAAAUCGUCUGAGCGCCAGCAGAGUGGUGAGGAUACAAAUAUUGUUAAGCCUAAAAAACAAAAAGUGAACCUACGUAAAGAACAAUUAAAACUUAAGAAAAAGAAGAAAACAAAAUUGCAAGAAAGUUAAGGUCUAAAAUUAAAAAUCCAACAGCAUAUUUACACACAAAUAUAUUUUACCUAUUAUGAAUAUUGUUUGUAUAUAAUAAUAAUAAAUAGGACUAAAACUGACAAA